AUGGAGGUCCUGGACGAGUUCGACUGGGAGCACCCCAUGACCUUGACGUUCUGCGAGCCCAUCUCGGAGGAAGCCUUCGAGCGGCAGGCCGUGUCGUACACGGAGCGCUCCCUGCGCCGCCUCUUCCGCAGCAUGGACCGCAACCCGGCGCUGGGGGAGCGCGUGGUGCGCAAGUGGAAGCAGGAGGAGCGCGAGCGUCGCGGCCUCAUCUCCUUCCUCACGGGCAGGUUCUUCCAAGCCCUCCAGGGAGACCUCAAUCACUACAAUAACGUGGGCGCCUCGGAGCUUCAUCAGAGGCUGGAUCAUCUGAAGAAGAAGAUGCAGAAGUUAAACAGCUAUGCCCAAGGUGAUGGCACCAGGCCCCCGACAUGGGGGAGGGGCAGGGUGGGCCUAGCUGGAGGCCCCCUGCCCCUCCCCCGACUGGUACUCCAGGGGGAUCGGACCACGAAGUGGGAGGGAGGGGCCAGGGAAUUCCCUAGGCCCUGCCGUAGGAUGGGCUCAGAUCUGCAUCCUGGGAAGAGAGUCUACACUGAAGCUCCCCCAGCCCCCCGAGGUAUAAGUGCCCUUGGACAGGGGAUUUCACCCUCCAGAGGCCAGACUGUUACUUUGACAAUCGGUGGUGGUCAUCCACCCUCUGCCUCAGGGAGCAGUUGUGAAGAAAGCACCCCGGCUACAAAAUGCUUACUCGAGUGGUUGUCUGUCACAGACGCAAGGCAGAAGAGAAGGAAGAGGGGGACCUAUAGACUAGAUCAUUCCCCUUCCACGGUGGGCAGCGUCUUGUCCCGAUCACCAGUUGCCACGACCGUUUCCACCCGGUCAGCCAUUCCAGUCACAUACACGCCCAGAGUCUUUGGUCCUUUCCCUCCUCUCUCGGAUGAACAGACAGAGACAUUGGCUGGUCCCAACUCCGAAGUGAAGGUCAUGCAGCUAAACUGGACAGGACUGUCAGCAGCCCCCAAGAGAAUCGUUGAUCUGACUCCUCUGGUGCUUAACCCUGGUGGUUUUAAUUCUUCUCGGCUCUCUGGAAACCCUGCCCACAAGCUCCAAUGCCCCGGCUUUCCCUGGUCUUCAGCCUUGGGUCCGACCGUCGAUCCUGAGGGCUCGGCUCCGACAGUGGGGAACGCCUCUGUCUUCACCCCACCUGUGCUGCUCAAGUUCCAGCCAGUGCAGAGGCCUCAGGAGGAUCCAGACAGUGACCAGGAGAGCAAGAGUUUGGAUUCUCCCAGCAGUGCCCCGUAAUAACAUCCCUUUAUCACUCUGAACUCAAGAAUGAAUAAAGCUCC